CACACACACACACACACACACACACACACACACACACACACACACCGUCAGAGGAGGAGCAACAACAUCCACAUCCAGUGACUUAGUGUCCAGAGAGCGGACAUGGAGCAAAUAAAGACGACUCGUCCGCCUCAUUCCGUGCACUCCAGAAUUCGCAGCCAGGCGACUCCGGCUUGAGGGACCCGUGACCGGAUAGACCAUGGAGACCGGGAACGCCAGCAGUGGAGACCGGGCCGGCCUCUUCUCGGGAAGCCCGUACACAAACGUGGAGAUUGUGCUCAUCAUCCUGGUGGCGGGAUCCCUGAGUCUCAUCACCGCCAUCGGAAACAUCCUGGUCAUGCUCUCCAUAAAGGUAAACAGGAACCUGCAAACCGUCAACAACUACUUCCUGUUCAGCCUGGCCUGCGCAGACCUCAUUAUCGCCGUCUGCUCCAUGAACCUCUACACCGUCUACAUCGUGAUCGGCUACUGGCCUCUGGGAGCGGUGGUGUGCGACCUGUGGCUGGCCGUGGACUACGUGGUCAGCAACGCCUCCGUCAUGAACCUCCUCAUCAUCAGUUUUGACCGAUACUUCUGUGUCACCAAACCGCUCAGCUACCCGGCUCGCCGGAGCACCAAGAUGGCCGGACUGAUGAUCGCCGCCGCCUGGGUGCUGUCCUUCGUCCUGUGGGCGCCGGCCAUUCUCUUUUGGCAGUUCAUCGUGGGCGGGAGAACCGUGCCUCCGGGGGAAUGCUACAUCCAGUUCUUCUCCAACCCGGCGGUCACGUUCGGGACGGCCAUCGCCGCCUUCUACCUGCCCGUGGCCAUCAUGAUCUACCUCUACUUCCGCAUCUCCAGGGCCAGCCGGAGCCGCGUUCAUAGGGACAGCCGGAAGACCUCCGGCACCAGUCUGGGAGAAGGUCCGGAGGACGCGGGCGAGAUCCAGAACAGCUACAUCCAGAAGAUGAGGGAGCAGCUCCGGGAGGCCAGGCGAGGGAAGGAGAAGGAGGCGCUGGAGCAGAAGCAGCAGAACGGAGGUGCUCCUUGCAAGGAGGAAAAACCCGACCGGGCGGAACCGGAGGCAGAUAGCGUCCUUCCGUCCACUUCCACGGAAAACGAGGUUCCGGUUUCGGUGCCCAGGGGCCUAAGCGUCAUAAGAAGGAUGAACCAAACGGAUCCGUCUUCCAGGGCGACUUCGCUGACUGACUGUCCAGCCACAAGGACAAUGCUCAAGGUGACGAGGCAGAGCGCGGUGGCCAAGUGGCGCAAGAAAAGCACGUCGUCCCGCGAGAAGAAGGUGACGCGCACCAUCAUGGCCAUCCUGGUGGCCUUCGUGGUCACGUGGACGCCGUACAACGUGAUGGUCCUCAUCAACACCUUCUGCUCCGUCUGCAUCCCCAACUCGCUCUGGACCAUCGGCUACUGGCUGUGCUACAUCAACAGCACCGUCAACCCGGCCUGCUACGCCCUGUGCAACACCACCUUCAAGAACACCUUCAAGCACCUGCUGCUCUGCCGCUACAAGAACAUACGGGCGGCGCGAUGAUGCUUUCGCACGCUUACCCCCCCCCCCCCUUGGUCUCAUGUGCCGUAAAAAAAAAAGAAGAAGCUGCGUUUGUGUAAAUCAUGAAAAGGUGUUCCCCUGUGCAACGUGAAAGUGCCGUGAACAAUCCCGUAGACUUGGGUGUUGUGGAUUCCAAAUACCCCACGUGGUCGUGUGCAUGGGUGUCACCCACGUUACCCGGCUGUUGUGCAACUAGUCCACGUGCGACCUUGAAGUGUGCUCUUCCUCUAUUGAUGUUUACUGAAUAAAACAGAUCACCAAAAGAUA